UUGAUGCUGACAUUUGCAGUCUUCAGGUGAUAAUUUACUCAUUACUUUGCUCUCUAACUCAAUACUUCAAACACCAAUCUACUACUAAGUUACAUCCAGAUAUCUCUGAGUCACAGCUGCUGUCAUCAUGCUUUAACUCUCCACCACCCAGGUGUAAACAAGCACAGACGGCACCUAGAGAUUAAGAUAAAAGGGUCUAUACCUGAGUGAGGGCAAAGUGACAUAUAACCUCUUCACCAGAGUGGUUUGAAACCUGCGCAGGCAUGUAGAUGUCCACCUGCAAAGAGGAUAGAAGGCUGAUGAAAUAAGUCCCAUCAGAGUAUCACUAAUUUUUAAAUCAAUAUGAGGUCAAAAUUUUUUAUAUUUUGCCUCCAGUGUACCGUUAAGCGUAAUUUAGCCAAUUUAGCCUACAUCAGAACCUGGUUACAGGUAUGGUAACACAGUCAUUUGGUCAGUUUAGACUGAAUUAUCCAUGCUGUCACUGGAAGGAUUAGCAUGAUUAGAUGCUUUAAAUUAAUGUGACAUAGUUUCAUGUCAAGUACAGUACCUUAUACUAACUACUAGCUUUGCUCUGCGGCUAAGUCAAUGUGUUUGUUUUGGCAUUAAGCUGCUAAAAAAGCUCCUAUGCUUUAUCAACUGUUGGCACCGCUUUCCUGGCAUUUACUUUCCAGGCGUGUUUACUUUUUCAGAUGAUCAGGGUUUACUUGGCAGCUGUGUUUUUAUCCAGCCAUACAUUCAAACCAGUUUUUGUGUGUGUGUGUGUGUGUGUGUGUGUGUGUGUGUGUGUGUGUGUGUGUGUGUGUGUGUGUGUGUGUGUGUUUGCAGACAUCUGGCCCAAAAAUGGAUCCCAAUGCUCUUUAUGGGCACCUGUCUCCUCUAUUGCGCCAGGAUGGCUAUGCCAAUCUGUGCAGUACCGAUGGCAGCCUCAUUUCACUGGAGUAAGAUUGACUCUGGGCUGGUUCUGGGAGGAUUCUUCUGGGGCUACUGUUUCACACAGAUCCUAGGAGGACAUGCCAGCGACAAGUAAGUGGAUCAACUAGUUAAACCGAGCACCAGGACCUGGAAUAACAGUUUGAACAGUGACAAGAACAAAUCGUUUGUGUUUUCAAUUAGCAGGUUCUGUUUAGAGAGUCAGUAUUUAACUCUGUUCUGUCUUCUGCUGUGUAAGAGUGGGAGGAGAGCGUGUCCUGUUCAUCUCUGCAGCAUCAUGGAGUCUGACCACAGCUGCUACUCCUCUUCUGGCCAAACUCGGCUCUCACAGCCUUGCUCUCAUGACUAUGGCCAGAUUUCUAAUGGGACUUCUGCAGGGUGAGAAGAGCACUAGCCACAGUGUUGAAAUGGAUUCUUAGCAGAUCAAAAAUGUUUGGAAAUAUGUAAUCAGAAGUUCACUCUAAUGUCCUUUAGUGAAGCAAAGCCUAAACAUAGUUAGUGUAGCUUCACUUGUAUGGACAAGAGAGUAGUUUUCACUCGGUGCUCUCCAGGAAAAGUGCAGACAUUUGUUGUCAAACAUCACCAAAUAUGUCCUGAAUUCAAAGUGUCCUGUGCUGUCUUUCAGGAGUGUUUUUCCCGUCUUUAGCCAGCCUUUGCUCACAGCGAGUGGUGGAAGGAGAAAGAGGGAUUUUAAUGAGCAUCAUGAACAGCGGUAGCUUUCUUGGGUAUGCCAUACUCCCCAAUCCGCAUAUGUACUGUAAAUAAAUCAUUAACCUUUGAUGACAUUGUUUUCCACUUUGUAUUUCAGAACAUUAUUAGCUGGUGGGAUGGGGUCCCUGAUGCUGGACCACUACGGCUGGGAGAGCAUUUUCUACGCUGUUGGUUUGCUGUCGGGACUCUGGGCACUCAUGGUCUGGCAGUGUUUCCUAAGAGGUACAGUACCUACACAGAGCACUAUCCAGUCACAUAUCCUUGAAUCCUGAAAAGAUGGUAGGAAGCAUAUUUUGACUAAAACCCUAGCUGACUUCCUCUUCCUCUUUUCUAACCCUGUCUUGAUUAACAGAGAACAAUAUCAGUUAAAGAAUAAGAUGUGUUGACCAACAUUAGAUUGGUGUGUCAUGCUAUGCUACGCUAUGAUGUGGUCUCAGAUAAUAGGGUAACACUUUAUUUGACGCCUAUCUCUUUAACACAUUAUAAAUAUAUGUAUAAUGCGUUAUAAUCACGUUAUAGCACAGUAUAACUAUAGUUGUAAACACUCAUAAAUGACCAUAAUACUUUAUCGCAAUAAUCAUAACACAUUAUGAAGCAUUUUAUCAUGACUUACAAGAUCAGGUAUUAUAAUGUGAUAUAACUGUAAACAACUCACUGACAAUACCCACAUAAAUAAUGCAUUAUACAUAUAUUUAUGAUGUCUUAUAAUUUCAUUAUAAACUUGUAUAACUAUCAUUAUAAACACUCAUUAAUUAUCAUAAGGAUUUAUAACAAUAAGCAUAACAAAUAAUAAUACCUGACCUUGUAAGUCAUGAUAAAAUGCUUUGUAAUGUGUUAUUAUUAUUAUAGCUAUAGUUAUACAGUGUUAUAAUGUGAUUAUAACACAUUAUACAUAUAUUUAUAAUGCAUUAUAGAGAUAGGCGUCAAGUAAAGAGUUACCGGUAAUAGUUCUAUAAAACUUCCUUUGCCUCUUGACUUUUACAUCCAUUUGAAGUUAUUCCAUGUUAAAGGCACAGUAGUGAGUAUCUUAAUGGUGGAGAAACAGACUGAAACUUAUACUGAUGCUUUGAUAACUGAUACUUUAAGACCUACAAAGGAAACAAGACAAUCUUUCUGUGUUAUUGUGCUGUUUGUGCUCUAUUUCUUGAUAAACUAGGCUCAGCGUUGAGUUAAGGGUUAGGUUAUGGUUGGGUUUAGGGUUACUGUUAGAGGGUAAGGGUUUAAUGUGAAGUAUAGGGUUAAGGUUAGAUAAGGUUCAGGUUAAAUAUGCAGGUUGUUUUACCUGUAUAUUUUUCAACUCAUUUGCAUAUCUCUGUAUUAUUAGCUCUGUAUUAUUAGCCUUAGCUGCACCUUCUGCUUUAUUAUCAUUUGCAGCUUUAACUCAACUAACAUGCCAAACUAGAACGGCGAGCAUGCAUGUCAUUCAACCAGCUGAACAGUCAAACGUGUUGGCAUCAUGAUUACAAAGAGGGUUCUUCAUGAGCAUCCUGCAGUGUCAAUGUGCUGCUGUACUGCUUGAUAAAGUGCGUAAGAUGAUCAUUUAAGCCUUACAACAGAUGAAUCAAAUCUGCAUUAUGUCUGGUUCAGGUGAUGUUGCCCUCAAGCAGAUGGAAGUCAGCACUGAGUCACAGUGGAGUUUAUCAAGAGCACGCUGGCUGAGUCUUAUUAAGGAGCCGUCCGUCUGGUACAGAUUAUGUUCUUAAAUCUCGUUUUUACCAUUACAUGAGCGUGGAUGUUUUCACUCUCACCUCAUCUCUCCUCUCUUUAAGGGCUAUGGUGUUCGCUCACAUGUGCAUGUGCAGCUCAAGCUACACGUUAUUGUCCUGGUUGCCGACGUACUUCAAAGAAUCAUUUCCUCAUGCCAAGGUAACUGUCUUCCUCUUCUGUAAGUUAUUAUUAACUGAGCUGUGCUGUUGAAAUAUCUCAAGAAGAGUUAUUUUUUCCUGCCUGACCUUCUAUUCUCACAGGGGUGGGUGUAUAAUGUAAUCCCCUGGCUAGUUGCGAUUCCCUCUGCACUUUGUGGUGGCUACGUUUCAGAUUUUCUCAUAAACGAAGGUAUCAAAGAUGUCACCAUCCCUUUACUGUACCUCUCCCAAAAAAAGACUCUGUUUACAUCUUAUAUUAUAUUUUAGGAUACAGUGUGGCAGCUGUGAGAAAGAUAAUGCAGGUGAGUUGGAAAGACUCUACUCAUGUUUUGUGUUGUGUCUGUGUGGAGGGAAAAGUCUAACCCGGCUAUGUGCUGGAGUGCAGUGGAAUUUUAGUUGUGCAUUUCAAACAUGUAAUUACAAGCUGCACAGCACCCGAGGGCAGAGGAGUACUGUGUUACUGUAUGUCUUCUGUGGCAAAAAUAGAAACGGGGAACUGCUCUGGCCGAUGAAGGCGCACAUUUUCACUCUGCAACUAUGAAACACUUGAUUUCACACAAAAAAUGUUCAUACCAUCUAUAAUAAAACAAAGAUCUUCUCAAUUUUACUGAGAGUUUUAAAACAAACUCCACUUCUGUGUUUGUAUUUUUCUGUGUGUGUUUAAAUACCUUCAUGGCUCUUUCCUCCUCAGUUUUUUGCCAUGGGCGUAUCCAGCAUGUUAUUAAUGCCUCUGUGUGGAGAUGUGUCGUUUUCCUCUGCUGUGAUUUUCAUCUCUGCUGCCGUGGGGCUAACCACCUUCACCAGCGGGUACGUUGGAUUAUUAAGAGUCUCUGUUUCAACUGUUUAUGCAGCUUUUUUAAAAGAUUUUCUGAGUGUGAAGGAAAACUAAGUCAAUAUUUAAUGAGUAAUUGAUGGAAGUAUUGUAUUUUUAUUAUCAUCAACUUAAUCAGUAAGUUUUAAACUAAUCAUGAGUGAACUCACCUCUCAAUACUGUCUAACUCCUGGGUAUCAAACCUCUAAACUUUCUUUAUACAGCAUGAGUCGGUGUUGAAAAGUAAGCUAUCUUUACUCCUGUAAUUCAUACAAGCACAUAUGUUGCAUGAUUGUGUCACAUUUUCUGCAUCUUUAUUCACUUUUUGAAUCGCUCCACUUCAGUUUUUGAUCAUUUUUGACUCUCACUUUGAUUUAAUAAUCAGUUCAUUCACUAUCAAAGGUAAGAAAUAGACCUUAUUAGGUUGUUUACUGAUGGAAAAUCUAUGUUGGGUUACCAUAAAUAAUAUAAAACUGCGCAUAUCCAGACCUUGCUGUUUUUGUAAGCCGUCCUGAGACCAUCUUUGUUAUGAUUUGGUGAUUUAUAAACACAGUUUGAUUGACUGACAGAUGUCUAAGGGGGAAUAAAGCCAAUUUCUCCUAUACUUGAUGCAGAAUGUAACUGCUUUGUGGAUUAAAUUUUUACAUUUUUAUCCAAUAAUUGUAAUAAUAAACAAUAAUGGAAUUGGAUAUUCUGGACAGGACUCAUUUAACACUUUUCCAGAGGUUAAAAAAAUCACAUGAACACCAACAACCAGAAGUUAAUGACCUUUAAAGAGUGAAACAAUCAGAGUUUUUUGAUAACAUGUAGCAGGACUGUGUGUUGGUGGGUGUCACUGGGAGGUAUUGUUAGCCUCGGCCAAACAAGGACAGCCGGAUGUCUUCUUACAGGAAGAAAGAUUACACUUGACACGGGAUGUAAAUUUUAUCUCUGUUUACUGCUGAGGAUGGUGACCCGACGAUAACAGUAUACAGUCCAGUGCAGACGAGCUUUUAUAGUCCUCUCCAGAGCAAGCGAGAAAUCACAGCAACAGAGACUGAGUAAACAAACCCAGAAUAAGAAUCCCUAUGAUAUACAUCACACAGUGUGAUAUGCAAUGGUUUUAAACUCUUAAAACAUCUUUUAAAAGCUUUUAAUGAAGUGUAACUGCUGCUGUUUGUAUGUAAUGAGUUCUAAUGUGUUUCAGAGGAGUGUCUGUGAACGUGCAGGAUCUGACCCCAUCAUGUGCUGGUGCUCUCUUUGGUCAGCAAGUUAAAGUUGUCUGUAAACUUCACAUGCAGUAUUUUAAUGACUGUUGAAGGACUUUUGAUCACUGGUCUUUUUCUGCGACAGGUUUCAUGAAUAUGUUGGGUGCUUUUGGGGGUACGUAUCCAUGAAGUUUAUUUGUGUUUUAGCACUCUCUUCUUCUGGUUAUCAUUUUGGAAAUCCUAACUCAGUGUGUGUGUGUGUUUCUCAGGGCUACUGAUGGUCUCUCUGUCGGGUUACCUGAUUGAGGUCACGCAAUCCUGGGCCUGGGUGUUCUCCCUCAUCACUCUCAUGAACACCUCAGGCCUCGGGAUCUUCCUCAUUUUUGGAAAUGCUCGUCGAGUUGACAUGGAGGGUUACAGUCAGGUUCUGGUGAUUUGACUUGGACUUUCUGAUCCAAAUCCUGAUCUAGGAACCACAUCUAAGUCUUCAGAAGAUAUAGAUGUGAAGCUGCGUUUGUUUUUCAUUGUGUUAAACCAGAGAUUACAGGGUUGUUAACUGCAAAGCACGUUAAAGCUCCUGUGAGGGACUUAGAGUUUGUGGGGUUUUUGGUUCCCUUUGUGGACAAAGUGGUACCUCUCAUAUCUUUGUCUUCCUAGUUAUUCAUAACUAGUAAAGUAAUCCUCAAAGGAGCUUUAAAAAUUGUGUGUUAUAUGUUAAAUAUGACUGAAUUUUACAAAUGUUUAAUAUAUAAAUAAGCUUUUUUUAAAUAUUAGUUUAUUUAUUAGUGACUUCCUAACGAGUCUAUGCUGCUAAUGACUUUUAAAUAGUAGAGUAACAACUAAUGAAGUGAAUUAAGAAAAUCUGUUAAGGGUUGUUAAGUGUGACUUAAUCUGAUCUAGAUUUCAGUCUUUAUCUGAUUUCAUGUUUAUCUUGACCAAAAGGGGAAAAAAUGAGGCAACAAAUGAUCAAAAUAAGCCCCAAAAUGAAUCAAAUGUAUCUCUGUCUGUCUGUCUGUCUGUCUUGCUUUUCUUCCUCCCCACAGAAAUAUUGCUCUCUAAUUUAGACUUUAAAUCUAGACGAGGUUCUGCAACAGCUAACCUUUUUUUUCCUGUGAGUCUUACUCAAACUGAGUAAGUUUUGUGUGUGUUGGGUAAUAUUUUCCCGAACAUUUUAUAUUUUGUGUUAGCAGAACAUUUUAUUUUUGAGACUGUUGUGAUAAAAUAAUAACCAAUUGAAAGAAUGUGUCCUUUCUCUAAGUUAAAAGUUUUGUCUAUAUUUCUUUCUAAGUGUUUCAUCUUCUUUUGGCCAAAAUGUUCAAAUCUUUAAGCUCAUUACAUGUUCAUUUUAUUUUUAUUUUUAAUGGACUUGGCACUUGACUUGUAGUUGAUGAUAAUGGUGUGUUUUAAACAGCUCAGGUAUAUGUUUUAAUAGUUAACUCAUGUUGAAUAUUUAUUCAAAUAAGCACUUAAUGAAAUGGUUGAAAUGAGUGUGGCUUUGGUGACUGCUGAGAAAAUAUUUUGUAAAGUAUAAUGGUCUGUACAUGAAAAUGAAAAUGAAACAUGUUUUAUUAUCAAAAUAAGACUCUUUGGGGACAAAAAUUUGUUUGUGCACAAUCCUCCUUUUGUAAUUGGGUCUCUUAUCUACUUCAAUUUUGUUAUCACCAUAGGUCAUACAGUAAAACUGCAACACAGACAAAUGAAUUAAUACUGAUCAAAGCUCUGUUACAUUAGACUGGACUGGUAUAAGUAUAUGCAUUAUUAAAACACAACCAUUAUAGCUUUUUAAAAGAAAAGAAAAAAUAGAAAAUCUCUUUCAAAUUAUAGUGUUUGAUUGUUUGAUGCCCUCUAAUUUCUUUGUACAUGUAAAUCCAAUGAAGACACUUCACAUUGAACAAAACUGCAAUCUUUCUUGAUUCUUAAGGGGACCCUCCCAAAAGAAUCAAUAAAGUUAUAUCUAAUCUAAUCCAAUCAAAUCUAAUUUCAAGGCGCCCCCCAGUGGACGGUGCGAACUGCACCAAGAGUUCUUUUCUUCAUGUGAAUAUUUUUUUGUAAAGUCUAAAUUCUGUUUAAGUAUUAAACGCAUGAACUGCUUAAGAAACAAAGACUGAUAUAAGAUAAUAAAAAGAAAAUUUAAACAUUUGAAAAAACAUCACAGUAUGUAAAAUAGAGUUUAAAGAGAAAAGACAGUCUGUUUCCGAAGGCGUGACCGUUCCAUCAGCUGUUCUAAGACGCGUCACACAACCAUCACAUGACACUGAGGAUGACUGCUGCCAGCACGUCGAAACA